AUGGGCGCCGUCCUCGCUAUCCCAGCCCUGGUCCUUCCUUCUGCAGCGACGUUGUGGUCGGUGGCGGCCUCGUGCUGCGGCGCAGCGUCAUGUUCUAUGCUCUGUGGGCCUUGCGGCAUGUCCAAAUUCCGGUCAUCAAUUGCCACAAGAAUUGCAUAUGCCAUGAUUCUGCUGGUCAACAGCAUUUUAGCCUGGAUAAUGCUCACACCUUGGGCUAUCAAGAAGCUGGAACAUCUCACCCUCAAUUACAUGACCUUUAAGUGCGGCUCGUCGGAAUGUUACGGCUAUUUUGCAGUCCAGCGCAUCAAUUUCGCCUUGGGCAUGUUCCACUUGAUUCUUUCCAUUCUGCUCAUUGGAGUUCGAAGCACCAAAGACACUCGAGCAGGUUUACAGAAUGGCUUCUGGGGCCCGAAACUGUUGGUUUGGAUCGGCUUUAUCGUCAUCUCCUUUCUCAUUCCGGAAGGCUUCUUCCUCUUCUGGGGCAAUUAUGUCGCAUAUGUCGGGGCUAUGCUCUUUGUGCUGCUGGGUCUUAUCCUCCUGGUCGACCUCGCGCACACAUGGGCUGAACUCUGCCAGGACAAGAUUGACGAAGGCGAUGGCCCGAACUACCGGCUGUGGCAAGUUCUACUUAUGGGGUCGAGCUUGGGCAUGUAUUUGGCUGCGUUCGCCAUGACCAUCGUCAUGUACAUCUUCUUCGCCAGCAGUGGCUGCAGCAUGAACAUUGCCGCCAUCACCAUCAACUUGAUCCUCCUCUUUUUCGUCACCUUCCUUAGCGUUCAGCCGACUAUUCAAGACGCCAAUCCGAAGGCAGGUCUGGCGCAAUCGGCGAUGGUGGCAGUCUACUGCACCUACCUCACAUUCUCGGCGGUCGCCAUGGAGCCUGAUGACAAACACUGCAAUCCUCUCAUCCGGGCCCGAGGCGCUCGGACGACUACUGUCGUGUUGGGUGCGAUUGUCACGAUGCUCACCAUUGCUUACACCACCACUCGAGCCGCUACACAGGGCUUCGCUAUGGGGUCCAACACUGGAAAGAAUCGAUAUGCCCAGCUCACCCAAGACGAGAACGAACACGGGCUGGUGUCUCAGCAGCCCGCAUCCCGUCGCGAGAUCAUGAGAGCGGCGGUGGAAAGUGGAGCGCUCCCGGCCUCCGCAUUGGAUGAGGACUCUGACGAUGAAGAUGCGACCGACGUCAGCUCCAAGGACGACGAACGCCAAGGGACGCAAUACAACUACAGCUUGUUCCACAUCAUCUUCCUCAUGGCGACGUGCUGGGUGGCGACACUUUUGACGCAGAAAAUGGACCCGGAGGCUGCGAGCGACUUUACACCGGUGGGACGAACAUACUGGGCAAGUUGGAUCAAGAUCAUCAGUGCAUGGCUAUGCUAUGGUAUCUACAGCUGGACUCUGGCUGCGCCGAUCGUACUUGAGGGGCGAGAUUUCUCAUGA